AUGAAAAAGCAGAACGUUCGUACCUUAACACUUAUCGUCUCGACGUUCAGCUAUUUGCUGGUUGGUGCGGCCAUCUUCGACGCGCUCGAAUCGAACACAGAAGAUUUCUUGCGCAAACAGUAUCAAGCGGCCGAAGAAAACAUGCUCAUCUCAUAUAAUAUAUCUCGAAUCGAAUAUAUUGAACUCGAAGAUAUUGUCAUUAAGUAUCAACCACACAAAGCCGGUGCACAAUGGAAAUUUCCUGGAGCAUUCUUCUUCUCACUUACUGUUAUCACAACGAUCGGCUAUGGUCACUCCUGUCCCACAACAAGUUGGGGCAAAUCGUUUUGUAUGCUUUAUGCUGUCAUCGGAAUACCACUAUGUUUAGUUAUGUUUCAAUCGGUGGGUGAACGUCUGAAUAAUUUCUCUAGCUGGUGUAUCCAGCGAAUCAAGAAGUGUGUUAAGUUGCGACAUUGUGAAUCAACUCAAACUGAACUUGUUAUUGUCGGAACUGUGAUUGCUGUCGGCGUUGUCACAGGCGGUGCGGCGAUGUUUCAUCAUUACGAAUCUUGGGAUUAUUUUAAUUGUGUUUAUUAUUGUUUUAUAACAUUAACAACGAUUGGUUUUGGUGAUUUUGUUGCUUUGCAAACAAAUGAAGCGUUAAAUACGAAUGUAUUCUAUGUUGUCUUGUCAAUGACAUUUAUUCUAUUUGGUUUAACUGUCGUUGCAUCAUCGAUGAAUCUCUUGGUUCUCAGAUUCUUAACAAUGAACACUGAAGACGAACGUCGUGAAGAAAUUCAAUCAGCAGUGGCACGAAAUUCCCUUCAUUUUGAUAGCGAUUUAAUUAGUCCAAAUGGUACUCUCAUUCCAUACCCGUCUCCUGAACAUCUCGAGUACUUAUCAACUGAACUCACACCAGCCGAAUCUGAACCAUGUCACUGUUUUGCGUGCUUCAAACGGAAAAAGAAAGAACGGAAAAAAUACACAGUGCGUCGUAUGCCUGGAAAAGUGACACAUCUCGUCCCGAUGCAACGUUUCGAUUCAAUGAUCGUUCGACGAGCAUUAUCUAUGGGUAAACCGUCCAACACUGAUUAUAAUCUUCAAACGCCAACGAAAUUUUCUCCAAUAACAACGAACUUCACAGAUAAAACAUCUGUAAACAAUUCUCCGGUAGCGCGUUGGCGAUCGCCAGCCGUCACGUCGCAUAUACCUAAGUCUAACUCGCAAGGUCAAACAAGUCAAGUGAAUAAUACGAUUGAUACUAACAAUGUUCUGUCUUCGACGAGAUUACAAACGAUGUUAACUCGUUUUCGUCAAGAUCUCGAAUCGACUCCGUAUCGAACUGAUCUGAAACGUUUAUCUGUAUAA